CAAGCCUUACGCCACUACUAAAUCUUUAACUCAACAAACUCAAAUUGUCGAAGCCAGCCAUGGAGGCAGUGACAAUGAUGGUUGCAGAGAGGCCCCUAGUGAUCUUCAGCAGAACCACUUGUGAUAUGAGCCAUUCUAUCAAGGCAUUAAUACGUGGAUUCGGUGCAAACCCUACAAUUUACGAGCUCGAUCAAAUUCCAAACGGGCAGCAAAUCGAAAGAGCAUUACAGCAGCUAGGGUUUCCAAACUUGCCUGUUGUAUUCAUUGGAGGAGAGUGCGUCGGCGGUGACCGACAAGUGAUGAGCCUCCUUCUCAAGAACCAACUAGGACCACUGCUCAAGAGAACUGGAGCCAUUUGGGUAUAGAACGAGUAGCCUAAUACUAUACGUACAAUUAGUUAAAACUGAGGUUAAACUAGUUUUACUGUUGGAUUAUAGAAAAAUAAGGGUACUUUUUUUAUCCCAUUUCCUACACAUGGAUUAGAUACGCUAUAGAGACACUUUAAGUUGCUACUUGUCAAGUUGUUUUAGCUAUAGUUAUCUAAGUCAAGAAUCAAGCCAACUUUUUGUAUGCGUUGGCUAAUUAUUCUUGACUUUUAACCAUUUCAUGUAUUCUUCAAAUACUAUUGUAUUGAUA